AUGCCAAAGGAAACUAUUAGGGUAGUCAUUUGCGGUGAUACAGGUGUAGGGAAGUCGAGCUUGAUAGCUUCUCUCGUCAAGGGUAAAUAUAUACCAAAUGUACAGGAUAAAUUACCACCAAUUAGUAUACCCAAGGAUUAUUCAUCGAGUCCUUAUUCUCCUAAAAAUACGAUAUUGAUUGAUACUAGCAAUGAGGAUGUAACUACACUACAUAAGGAAUUGAAAACAGCAGAUGUCAUUUGGUUAUUGUACUGUGAUCAUGAUUCUUACGAAAGAGUUUCUUUAUAUUGGAUGAUGAUGUUUAGAUCUUUGGGUUUAAAUUUACCUGUUGUUUUGGCAAAGACUAAAUGUGAUAAUUACGAUGAUUCAACUGUCAAUUUAUUAUCUGAAGAUACAAAAGUCGAAGACCAGGAAUUUAUUCCAAUAUUAAUGGAAUUUAAAGAGGUAGAUGUCUGUAUCAAGGUUUCAUCUAGAACUCAAUUCAAUAUCAAUCAGGCAUUUUAUCUUUGUCAAAGAUCAAUAAGUCAUCCAGUUGCCCCAUUGUUUGAUUCAAGGGUGGGUGAACUUAAGCCAUUGGCAAUUCUAGCUUUAAAAAGAAUAUUUUUACUGAGUGAUGAAGAUCAAGAUGGAUAUUUGAGUGAUCCAGAAAUACUAGCAUUACAAAAAAAAUGUUUUAAGAAAAGUAUUGAUGUUAAUGAACUUGCCAAUAUAAGAGAACUUUUAGAAGAUGUUUCUUACUCAGAAAUAGAUGGUUCCUCAGGUGCCUAUUAUGAACCGGGGAAAGGUAUGACCGUUGAUGGUUUCUUGCUAUUGAACAAAAUAUAUGCAGAAAGAGGGAGACAUGAAACUACAUGGGGGAUAUUAAGAGCAUUCCAUUACACUGAUUCUUUAUCCAUUAAGGCAAAGGUUUUAUAUCCUAAAUUAAACGUUUCAGAUAGUGCAAGUGUGGAAUUGAGUCCUAAAGGCUAUCGAUUCUUUGUUAAUUUAUUUCUAAAGUUUGACAAGGAUAACGAUGGUGGUUUAAGUGAGGAAGAGUUGAGAGCACUCUUUAAAUGUACUCCAGGUCUGCCCCACCUCUGGUCCGCUACCAAUUUCCCAUAUGCAACAGUGGUUAAUGAACGUGGUUGUAUAACAUUACAAGGAUGGCUGGCCCAAUGGAGUAUGACUACAUUCCUUGAUUAUAAAAUAACAACUGCAUAUUUAGUAUAUUUUGGAUUCCAAGAGGAUGCUCAACUUGCACUUCAAAUAACUAAAUCGAGGAAAAUGAGGAGGAGAAAUGGAAGAUUUUACAGAUCCCCGGUGACAGAUCGUAAAGUGUUCAAUUGUUUCAUCUUUGGAAAGCCAAAUAGCGGGAAGAGUUCAUUAUUAGAAUCAUUUCUUGGAAGACCAUUUUCAGAAGCUUAUUCACCUACAAUUAGACCAAGAAUAGCAGUAAAUAAUUUAGAACUUAAAGGUGGAAGACAAUAUUACUUAAUAUUGCAAGAAUUUGGAAGCCAAGAAUUCGUAACGUUAGAAAACAGGGAUAAGUUAAAAGAGUGUGAUGUGCUCUGCUUUGCAUAUGAUUCGAGUGAUCCUGAAUCGUUUUCUUAUAUUGUGGAGCUAUUCAACAAGCAUAGAGAAAGAAUAGAAGGAUUACCUCUGAUUUUUGUAGCCUUAAAAGCGGAUCUAGAUAAACAACAACAAAGAUGUCAAGUUCAACCGGAUGAUUUCUCUGAAUCACUAUUGAUCGAUCAUCCACUACAUGUUUCCUCUACAUGGCUAAGUUCAUUAAACGAAUUAUUCGUUAAAAUCACUGAAGUUGCUUUGGUGCCUGGAGAUAGUACGGUUGGUCUCCCAUUGGAAUCGAAAUUCGAAAAUGAAGAUUACAAACAAACUGUGAUAAUGCUAUGUUCUACAGCGGGAUUUGUAGCAUUGCUAUCAUACACUUUUGUGAAAGUAUUUCGAUCCAAGUACAACUGA